UUGUCUCCGCGCAUCCUAACCUAAAACCCAACAAAACGCGCAGAGAUCAAACUAUUUUUUAAAAAGAAAGCAAACAAUACUGCACUUCUCUUCAAUCCCCGCCGUGGAACUCACGUUUCCUCCUUCUCCGCCGCCAUAGACGGCGUUUCUCCAAUCACCGCCACCUCGGAUCCGUCACAGUUGACAAGAAGUAGCACUGAUUCGGAUCCACGGAAACGAUACGGAAGACUGCGACGAUUUCACCCUCAUGCUUCGCAAAUCCUUCUUCCUAGCGUUCCUCCUCCAUUUCUUGUUCUUCGGGUAUGCGGAUCCUGCUCCGAACUGCACUCGGGUCAGCCACAUCGUGGAUUCGGAGUCCGAGUUCAAAAUGGUUCAACACCAGCUCCGAGGUUAUCUGAAAAUCAUCGACGAUUGCUCCUUUAGGGUUUCCCAAUUCGACAUGCUUCCUGGUUCCGAUGUGCACUGGUGGGGUGCUCUGGCUCCCGAUUUCGAUAACAUCACGAGUGGGUUCAUUGUUUCCGAUGAUAAAUUGAACCAAACAUACAAGAAUUCAAGCUUUGUGGUGCGCUUGAUGAGCAAUGUUACCUGGAGUAUGAUCCAGGUCCUUGCCGUGUGGGAUCGCCCCACCGCCUCUGAUUUCGGGCAUGUCGUACUGGGGGAGCUCGUGAAUGUGACGACGAGUUCUCCGGCUCUGGCACCGGCACCGAGCAGUGGCAAAGAGAAGAGUGUUGUUCACAUGGAGCCGACUAUGUUUGAGAAUUGCAAGGUUUUGUCAAAAAACUUUAGGGUGCGGUGGACUUUGAAUGUGGAAGAGGAUUCAAUUGAAAUUGGAUUGGAGGCUGCAACUGGGAUCAUGAAUUACGUGGCGUUUGGAUGGGCAGACUCGAGUGCUGAUGAUUCCGAGCUCAUGAUUGGGGCUGAUGUUGCUGUGGCAGGGUUUAAGGAAGAUGGUUUGCCUUUUGUGGAUGAUUUUUUCAUUACUAAGUAUAGUGAGUGUGUGAGAAACAGUGAUGGAUUAGCUCAGGGGGUUUGUCCUGAUUCAAUGUAUAAAGGAUCAGAUAGUUCGGAUAUAGUGAACAAUACAAUGUUGAUUUAUGGGCAUAGGCGCGAUGGGGUUUCAUUUGUUAGAUAUCGGAGGCCCUUGACUCAGGUGGAUGGGAAGUAUGAUCACCCUGUGAACUAUUCGGCGAAUAUGAAGGUUAUUUGGGCUUUGGGGCCAAUUAAACCUCCUGACACAAUUAGUCCUUACUAUCUUCCUCAGAAUCAUGGGGGUUUCCCAUUUGAGAAUUACGGGCAUUUGGUUUUAAAUGUCUCGGAGCAUGUGAAUGAUUGUUUUGGUCCCUUGGAUGCUGAUGACAAGGAGGACCAAGAUAUCAUCAUUGCAGAUGCAAAAGUUCCAUUGGUGGUUUCAUCUGGUCCUGCAAUGCAUUACCCAAACCCUCCAAAUCCUGCAAAGGUUCUUUACAUAAACAAAAAGGAAGCUCCUGUUUUGAGAGUGGAAAGAGGGGUGCCAGUCAUGUUUUCAAUUCAAGCCGGGCAUGAUGUUUCACUUUAUAUUACUUCGGAUCCAAUCGGUGCAAAUGCUACAAUUAGGAAUCUGACUGAGACUAUUUAUGCUGGAGGUCCAGAGGCCCAUGGAGUUCUAGCCAGUCCUACAGAAUUAGUUUGGGCUCCCGACAGGAACACUCCUGACCACAUCUACUAUCAGUCAUUGUACGAGCAGAAAAUGGGUUGGAGAGUAGAGGUGGUUGAUGGGGGUCUAUCAGACAUGUAUAAUAACAGUGUCAAUCUGGAUGAUCAACAGGUUACCUUCUUCUGGACAUUGUCAAAGGAUUCCAUAUCUAUUGCAGCUCGUGGUGAGAGAAAAAGUGGUUAUCUGGCUAUAGGAUUUGGAAGGGGAAUGGUAAACAGCUAUGCAUACGUAGGUUGGAUUGAUGAUAAUGGUAUAGGUCAUGUAAACACUUACUGGAUUGAUGGAAAGGAUGUUUCAAGCAUACAUCAUACACAUGAGAAUUUGACAUAUGUAAGAUGUAAAACCGAAAAUGGCAUCAUUACUUUGGAGUUUACACGCCCCUUGGACCCAUCUUGUAGUCGGGGAAGUAGGCUAGAAUGUAGCAAUAUUAUUGAUCCCACAACUCCACUAAAAGUUGUUUGGGCAAUGGGUGCUAAAUGGACUAAUGACCAUCUUAGUAAUAGGAAUAUGCAUUCUAGUAAGAGUAGUAGGCCUAUCCAUGUACUGCUGAUGCGGGGGUCUGCAGAAGCAGAGCAGGAUUUACUUCCUGUUUUGGCUGUGCAUGGCUUUAUGAUGUUUCUUGCAUGGGGUAUCCUGCUUCCUGGAGGGAUAUUAGCAGCCAGAUACUUAAAACAUCUUAAGGGUGAUGGAUGGUACCGAAUUCAUGUUUACCUGCAAUACUCAGGGUUAGCAAUUGUUCUACUUGCCCUUCUUUUUGCUGUGGCUGAGCUUAGGGGAUUUUAUGUCAGCUCAGCACAUGUUAAAUUUGGAUUUGUUGCAAUAUUUUUGGCUUGUAUACAGCCAGUAAAUGCUUUGCUGAGGCCUCAAAAACCAGCAAAUGGGGAGCAGGCACCCUUCAAAAGGGUUAUUUGGGAAUAUUUCCACAUAAUUGUUGGUAGAUGUGCAUUUGUUGUCGGCAUUGCUGCACUUUUUAGUGGGAUGAAGCAUCUGGGAGACAGAUAUGGUGUGGAUAAUGUCCAUGGACUCAAUUGGGCAUUGGCAAUUUGGUUCUCAAUUGGUUCAUUGAUUGUUAUUUAUUUGGAAUACCGUGAAAAGCAGCGGAUAAGAGACCGGGUAUUUGGAAGCAGCAAUUGGGUGCUUGGUAAUAUUGAGGAAGAUGAUUCAGUUGAUCUCUUGAGCCCAACCAGAAUACCUGCAGAUAAAGAGUCACAAUCCUCUGUGAGAAUGGAAGUCCAGUUAGAACCUUUGAACAGAUAAAUGCAUUCUCUUUAAGUUCUGAUAGAAAGUCGCCAUUCUGUCCCAAUUUUUGCAAAUUGCAGGCUUCAUUACUAGUUAUGAGGCGUUUCUGAGGUGUAAGGGAGGCACUUGCUUAUCAAUUUCUUUUUUUUACGUAUGUUGCUUUUUUAUUUCUAUGAAGGGUAGCUUUCCUGCAGCAUAUAUUUCCUAUAGUGAUACGUGUUCAACAGAAUAGGUUAUAUAAUUUCUUCACUCUAGCUGCUACACUUAUUCCUCUCUUUUUUUGGUGAGCAAGCUGCUACACUUAUUUUUUCUACUUCUUCCCAAAAAAGAAGAAAUCAAACUUUACAAGGAGAAAGCUUUCUUGUGGACAAAUGUAGGUUCUGUAUGUUUAGUUUGAUAGUAUGGUAGAUGAUUUGAUACAUGGAAUGCUAUCUGGUCAAAGACAUUGUUGUAAAAUAUGAGAUACAGAAAAUCAAUACAUCAUUUAUCCUUGUCCAUAAUGCUCUAUGAUUUUAGAUUCUAUGUGAUUGCAUGUCUCGUAUUUGAUUUUCUUUUAAUGUCUCCACGAACCUUCCUAAUAAUAUUAAUUUUAACUAUAAAGAAAUAAAUACUAAACACUUUAGCCAAGCCUUUUUAGCUUAAAGAUCUAUAAAAGUACCUGUUGAAAUUAUUGCAAUCUCCACGUAUGAGGACUGAAGCAUGGUAUAUUAGUUCGUUAUAGUAAUUUGAUGUGACAGAAACUAGAGGAAAUUUGGGAUCUUUCCUUUUUUCAGUUAAUCAAUUAAACAUAGCAUUAUUGAGAUAGAAGUUGUCUUUUGCCUUUAGAAGUUCACAGUGGAUAUACCUGAAAUGGACGAGGCGCAUGAGGGUGAAAGAUCAGUGCUAAAUCACUUAAUCAAAUGGAAGUCACUAAUGCAUUCAAAGCAGAAUGCAUUCCCCUUGAACAGGAGCAUCUGGCAGAGGACAUAAAAACACCAAAUAACUUUGAUGAAAGACCAAAUAAGAAUCAAAGCAAAUAUAUUUCAAUGAGCUCACCAAUGGAUACAGUUGAUGGAUACCAAGUGAAGGCGGAGUCCAUGCCCAUAUGAAGUAAAAUUCUCAGCUACCAUGGAGAUAUUGCCAAGCAUUGUAUUGUAUUGUAUUGACAAUGAAAUACCGUUCAAUGUUGUUCAAUAUGAUAUGUGACAUCAUCUCAGAAUUGCAAGACAAGAAUUUUAGUAAAAUCAAAGAAGAUGACUUGCGUAAUAUGAUUGCUCUUGCAAAUGAAAUAAAAAAUAUAAAAGAGGACAUUGUGGGGCCUCACCGGAGACUAGUAGAGAUACUUGAGGCAAGGCAGAUUCUCAGACAGUCCAGCAUGCUGAAAGAAACAAAAGAAAGCAAUCGAAAAAUCCUUGAGAGUGAACUGGAAGAAUGUGAAGCAGAAAAGAAGGCAGUGGCAGCAAAGUUCCGAUCAAUAUGAGUCUACAGGGAUAAUUGCAACUAUAACAUAUGCCAAAUCUAAAGAGCCUUUGGCAGAGGACAUUCAAGCAUCAAAUAGAGGAAAAAGCAAAUAAAAAUCAUAGCAGGUCUAUUCAAAUGUUUGGAUGUCCAACCCCAUUUUUAAGCCUCAAUCUAAAUGGGAUGGUCAAUGCGUGGGAUGAUCAAGAUGAUGAGAUUAAUUCUGUUGGAAAGAGCUCGCCAACGGACACAGUUGAUGUAUACCAAGUGAAGCCAGAAUCCAUACCCAUACUACGAAAAAUUCUCACGACAGGAAAGGUUGGAAGAAGCACAUUUCAAGCUUAAAGAAAUAGAAGGUUGCAUCCAAGUCAUUUGUAUCACUGGCGAG